GUGGCCCUUGUAAUGCAGCUGCAGUACAUCUGUGGGAUAUGUGUAUGAAAAGAAGGGGAGGGUGGUUCUUAUUUCAUUGAGGGAACCAUCAGUCCCAGAGCACUUGCCUUCCAGGUCCAGCAGCUGGUCUGGGGAUAGGGCAGCUUCUGAAAUGCUAGGUGCAUCCGGUAUGCCAGGGAUGUGCUCAGGAGGAAGAGGAACAAAAAGCAAAUUCCCAGCUUUGUCCUACAGCUCAGAACAAAGCCUUCAGCAGGAAGGGCUGGACCUGGUGAAGCAGGAAAGGAGGGUUUGAAGUUCAUUCUUUCCAUCCCCCUGCACUGCCUUAAUUUCCUUCCCAUUGUUUUGAUCCCCUCAGCCUUGACAGUAGUGGUUUGCUUACCAGUGCUUCCGCUGCAGGGAUGGUGGGAGCUAUCUAGUCACUGGAGGAAGGUCUCAGCAGGGCUUGUGCUUUUUCAUAACCUGGCAGCCCAUGUCCCUGACUUGGGAGGCAAAGCUGUAGCCUGUCUUGCUGAUUUCCAUAUAAAUCACAAGACCACAACUGGAGCUUAGAUCUCUCGGAGCUUCAGAGAGAUCACCAGUGCCAAGGAGACACCACCACCAGUGCUGCCUCUGGAGAUGACCAGAGUUCCCCUUGGUGUGACCCUUUAGAUGGCAGGCAGAGCACAAUGCUUGCAAGGAGGCCGAAGAGGAAGGAAUAUAAAGAUGAGUCUGGGAUGGAUGAACGCUCCUCUCCCAGAGUGCGCAGGGCAACCACGUCCAGAGCUGAGAGGAUCUGGCCAGGGGGAGUCAUUCCCUAUGUGAUCGGAGGGAAUUUCACUGGAACCCAAAGAGCUAUCUUUAAGCAAGCGAUGAGGCACUGGGAGAAGCACACUUGUGUAACAUUUGUGGAGAGAACCGAUGAAGAGAGUUUCAUUGUGUUCACAUACAGAACAUGUGGAUGUUGCUCAUACGUGGGUCGCCGAGGAGGGGGCCCUCAGGCUAUAUCCAUUGGAAAGAACUGUGACAAGUUUGGUAUUGUGGCUCAUGAGCUGGGUCAUGUAGUGGGUUUCUGGCAUGAGCACACACGGCCUGACAGGGACCAGCAUGUCACGAUUAUCAGAGAGAACAUACAGCAAGGACAGGAGUACAACUUUUUAAAGAUGGAAGCUGGGGAAGUGAACUCACUGGGAGAGACCUACGACUUCGACAGCAUCAUGCAUUAUGCUAGGAACACAUUCUCCAGAGGGGUUUUUCUCGACACCAUCCUUCCCCGUCGUGAUGAUAACGGGGUCCGCCCAACUAUUGGUCAGCGUAUUCGCCUGAGUCAGGGAGACAUCGCUCAGGCAAGGAAGUUGUACAAAUGCCCAGCUUGUGGAGAGACUUUGCAGGACUCAACAGGGAAUUUUUCAGCCCCUGGCUUUCCAAAUGGCUACCCGUCCUAUUCCCACUGUGUCUGGAGGAUCUCAGUGACCCCAGGGGAGAAGAUUAUGUUAAACUUCACAUCAAUGGACCUAUUUAAAAGUCGCCUUUGCUGGUAUGAUUAUGUGGAGGUUCGUGAUGGCUACUGGAGGAAGGCUCCAUUGCUGGGUAGAUUUUGUGGUGACAAGAUCCCUGAACCAGUAAUUUCCACGGACAGCCGGCUGUGGAUAGAGUUCCGGAGCAGCAGUAACAUCCUGGGCAAAGGCUUCUUUGUGGCCUAUGAAGCUAUUUGUGGUGGAGAAAUUCACAAAGAUGCUGGCCAGAUCCAAUCGCCCAAUUACCCAGAUGACUACAGACCUUCCAAAGAGUGCAUCUGGAAGAUCACGGUUUCUGAGGGUUUUCACAUAGGAAUCACAUUCCAAGCCUUUGAGAUUGAAUGGCAUGAUGCAUGUUCUUAUGACUACCUGGAGAUCCGAGAUGGCCUAACUGAAUACAGCCCACUGCUUGGUCACUUCUGUGGCUAUGAGAAGCCAGAAGAUAUCAAAUCCAGUUCAAAUAAAGUAUGGAUGAAGUUUGCAUCUGAUGCAACCAUCAAUAAAGCAGGUUUUGCAGCAAAUUUCUUUAAAGAGAUGGAUGAAUGUUCUCUUCCAGACAAUGGUGGGUGUGAACAGCACUGUGAGAACACACUGGGCAGUUACAAAUGCACCUGUGAGCCUGGCUAUGAGUUGACAGCUGAUAAAAAGACCUGUGAAGCUGCGUGUGGGGGCUUCAUCACCAAGCUCAAUGGGACCAUUACUAGCCCUGGAUGGCCCAAGGAAUAUCCUACUAAUAAAAACUGCGUCUGGCAGGUGGUAGCUCCAGCCCAGUACCGGAUCUCUCUGCAGUUCGAAGUGUUUGAGCUGGAAGGCAAUGAUGUCUGUAAAUACGACUAUGUUGAGGUUCGUAGUGGGUUGGCUUCUGACUCCAAGCUUCAUGGCAAAUUCUGUGGCUCAGAGAAGCCUGAAGUAAUCACAUCGUAUGGCAACAACAUGAGACUGGAAUUCAAAUCAGACAACACGGUCUCCAAGAAAGGCUUUAAAGUUCACUACUUCUCUGACAAGGACGAAUGCUCCAAAGACAAUGGUGGUUGCCAGCAUGAAUGUGUCAACACCUUUGGUAGCUACACAUGCCAGUGCAGAAAUGGGUUCAUGCUGCAUGAUAACGGCCAUGACUGUAAAGAAGCUGGUUGUGAGCACAAGCUGAAUGGUGCAGAAGGAGUGAUGAGCAGUCCAAACUGGCCUGACAAGUAUCCCAGCCGGAAAGAGUGCACCUGGGACAUCUCUGCAACGCCUGGCCACCGAGUGAAAGUAACCUUCAAUGAGUUUGAGAUUGAACAGCACCAAGAAUGUGCCUAUGACCACUUAGAAAUGUAUGAUGGGCCCAACAGCAAAUCACCUGUCCUUGGCCGUUUCUGUGGCAGCAAGAAGCCAGACCCUGUAGUGGCUUCUACCAACAAGAUGUUCCUCAGGUUUUACUCUGAUGCUUCUGUGCAAAGAAAAGGUUUCCAGGCAAAGCACAGCACAGAAUGUGGUGGGCUCUUAAAGGCUGAAGUACGAACUAAGGAGCUGUAUUCCCAUGCUCAGUUUGGGGACAACAACUAUCCAGGUCAAACCAACUGUGACUGGGUGAUUGUAGCUGAAGAUGGCUAUGGGGUGGAGCUGAUAUUCCAGAUAUUUGAGAUUGAGGAGGAGGCUGACUGUGGGUACGACUACAUGGAAAUUUAUGAUGGUUACGACAGCACUGCACCCCGCCUGGGACGCUUCUGUGGCUCAGGGCCUCUGGAAGAAAUCUACUCUGCAGGGGAUUCCAUCAUGAUUCGAUUCCACACAGAUGACACCAUCAACAAGAAAGGCUUUCACGCCCAAUACAUAAGUACCAAAUUUCAGGAUGCAUUGCACAUGAGAAAGUAGUUUAACUGCUCCUCACAGACAUUCCCUGUCUGAAGACUGAAGCAUUUAACUGUGAUCUUUGGUGGAUUUUUUUCCUUUGAAGCUUCUGUGCACCUGGCCAAAAGCAGUGUACAGUAUUUUCUGUAACUAAAACUAAAUCCAGUCUCAAAGGUUUGCCUUUGCGAUUAUUAGUAUGACCCUUUCUUGUUAACAUACCCAGGACCAAAAAUUGUCUUCUAAUCAUACCUGUCAGGGCAUAAACAUUGUAUUUUGCACAGCUUGCCAUGGGGCUGAGUGAAGAUUGAGCUUGAAUUGAGAAAACCCUUCGUCUCUUGUGUGUCCUGUUUCUAGGUGGCAUUUCCUAAGCAUCCUGUACACACAAGCUGUCUCAACGUAUUUUCUGGAGCAGGUGAUGUGGACAGCCACCCAGUAGAAAUUUCUCAAAGGAGUAUAUAAGCUCCCUACUCUCCCCUACCAGCCCAAAAUACUCUGUGCAAUAAGUGAACAAUGAGAUGGCUGGAACUCCAUCACUGCUUCUGUCCUGUCUAUUUAUUGUCUUGGUUAUUGUGGGUUGAGAGCUAGGCAGGGGCACAGAGACAGUCUCCUUAGGGCUGCUAACUACUUGGAUCACGGUGAAUGAGAAGGGCCCAAUGCCUGAAUUGCAGUAAUUGUCACGGUGUAUGUUGAAUGGAAGUACUUCAAUGCAGUGGCCAAGGGAAGGGUGGUAGCUGACAGAAAAGUGCUGUGGUGAGGUGCAAGGCAUGACUGUGUGACAGUGGCAAAGCUUAGUAAUUAGAGCGCUGACAGCAUGCUUCAGUUAUACCACCAAGCAAUGCAACUCAGAGAGCUGUAGCAGCAGUUCAGGCCUUAUCUGAAAUACAGAAUCUCUCCUGCUUACUCCACCCACAUUAGCUUUCUUAGCCUUGUUUAUACUGCUUGCUUUCCUGAGUACCACUUCCCUGGGAGCCCUUCCUUUCUACAGCUAAGCUGCUCUCUCCAGGGCUCCCCACUACAACCUAGGAGUGCUGUUCAACAUCAGCUAGCCAGAGCAUCUCACCAGAGGAAAUACUGGGCCAGAGGUAGUCAUGGUGUCCAUGAGGCAGAGGGACAGAGGCCAUGCUGCAGGUCAGCUCUGGUGAGCUGGUGAAACCUGUCAAAUAUGUGUGAGCUCCAGGCAUGGGACUAGGAAUGGGAGAGCUGUGCUGAUUUCUGCUUCCUCCCAGCUCUUUGCUGGCUCAUGGCCCAGUCUCUUAACUUCAUGGCAGGGUUACAAGCAGGAUGGUGACUAAAGCACUUUGAGCUAUAAGGCUCAGACAUGCUCUGUGUUGCAGUUAUUUAUGUACAUAGAAGCUACCAAGCCAUGAGCUUGCAGAAUUAACAGGUAGCUUGGCACUUCUUUGGGAAAAAGGUAGUGAAAACUCUGCUUUUGAGGAAACCACUGUAAAUUGAACUGUUGCUAUGGGGAGGGGGCGUGGGGGGUGGGGGAGGAAAAGAAGAAAACGACUUUAUUCUGAAUGAUAUUUCAUUAAGGCACUCAUGGGCAAUUCUGAGCUAAAAGCUGCGGUAUGUUAGCUUUAAUAAAGUAUUUAUAAUCCAUGGAUUACUAUGUUUACAUAACCAAUGUACUGUCAGGCUCCGGGGUGAAACCUCCUCUCUGGUGUAUGACUGUGGAGAAAUGUAGGGCCAGCACUAGGCAGGCACAAAUGGCAUUCCUGGAGAUGAGGGCAUUUCCAGAUAGAUAAUAAAAUAGACCCAGCCCUCUCCAGAAGUCCUUGAACAGAACAUGGUCAAAGUAUUGUGAAUAUUAGGAGAAGCAAAUGCAUGAAAAUAUUUUCUUGCUUAGAACAAGAAAAAUAAAGUAAUUUAUACACACACACACAAGAAUAUAUGUAUAUAAAAUGUGCAUGUAGAAGACCAGUAGUCAAAGCCUUAAUAAGUGUCAUGUGAACGAUACUGUACCAUUGACUAUAGCUUUAUUGCAGGCUGUAUAAAGCCACGUUUUGUUUUUUAGCUCUGUUUUGUUCCUCUUUUCAAAUGCUAUGGCCUUUUUACAGGCAAGAACUCUGAUCUCAAGUUGUUUGAUCAUGCAGGUCUGGGGAAGUGAGCUCGGCUAGAUAGGGUCUGCAGUAGUCCUUCUCUUCCUUGCCCCUGUUCAAGCAAAACCACAGUGACUCGGGUCUGGAAAUAAAAGCAUGACACUGAUCCCUGUGAAUGAGAAAGAAGUUUCAGGUGGUAAGCAGUGGUUCAAGUUUCCUGGCUCUCUAAUGGGAGCAAUGACUCCGGAGAGAAGUGACCGUAGCAGCUUCCCAUGUACGUUAACAUCUUUGUUCCAUGUUCUGCCAUCUUUCCCAGACUGGCUCAUUGCAGAUGCCUGCAAUUCUGUUUGACAGAUCUACAACGCUUAGCAUUCAUGCAGGUGUCUCUUGUGACAGUGUGCUUGCAGCUGUUGUACUGUGCAUUUCAACCAAUGAUCUAUGUAGAAUAUUUCUGCUGUACUGACUGGGCUUAACAGUCAAUAAUUCUAAAUGUUUGAAAGUUUCUUCGUAAAAAAAAAAAGAAAAAAAAUGUCGGUCCCUCUAAUGUGUGUAAA